UUUCGAAAUAAUAUCUGGACCAUGCUGCUGGCGACGAUAUCACCUAUGGUUUGCGAGAACCGAACAGCAAAUCCCAACAACUCUCUCUCUCUGUCUCUCUCGACUGAGUUUUGUUGGCCGUGAUUGCAUGCCAUUGCCAUGACGACUUCGAAGCUCUUGCUUUUGUCAAUCUUCCUAUCUCUAGUUCUUGCGCAUGUUAGGGCAAGUGUUCCGGUCGAUGAAGAUGAAGCAGUUACAGUCGCCGGAUCUGACGGUUCUGAUUAUUCGUCCGCUCUGAAGAUCGAACUGGAACAACUUAAGUUCAAGAUCCAAGACCUUGAGUCCCACGUUGAUAAGAAAUCCAAAGAACUGAAAGCAAAGGAAGAUAGCAUAGGGGAGAAGGAAAAGAUCAUUCAAGAGAAGUCAGAUAGCAUUGCUUCCUUGCAGAGUGAGAUCGCAUCCCUCCAGAAAAAGGGGACUUUAGAUGCUGUGGAGUUGGUUCGUAAGGCUCAUGCGCGCGUUGAUGAGUUAAAGAAGCAGGCUGACAUACGUAAAAGUGAACUAGAAACUCUAAACAAGGAGAAGAAGGCUUUGGAAGCCCGGGUAGAUGAAGCCGAAAGGAAAGUACAUGAUUUGAGUUUGGAACUAGAAACUCUCCAAAAGAUUAAUGAUGAACAGAAGACCAGAAUUCGUAAAAUUGAACGGGCUCUUAAAGUUGCUGAGGAAGAAAUGAUCAAGGCAAAGUCUGAGGCCACUUCAAAAACUAAAAAGUUAAAGGAGGUUCAUGGUGCGUGGUUUCCACCUUGGCUUGCUGUGCAUUUAAUCCAUUGUCAGUCCUUCAUGGAGACACAUUGGAAUGAGCGUGGCAAACCAGUUAUGGAUAUGGUAAUUGAGAAGGCCCUAGAGAAAAAAGCACAAGCCGAAAAGUGGGCUGCACCUCAUAUGGAAACAAUUAAAACUAAAUGGAUCCCAACUAUAGAGGAACAGUGGGUCGUACUAAAAACGAACACUGAGCCACAUGUCCAGACACUAAGGAAAAAAACCAGUGAAGUUUAUGAGGCAUCAAAGACCAAAGUAACUCCACAUCUUGUCCAAGUGCAAAAAUUUAUUGAUCCUUACUUUCAGGACGUGAAGAAGUUCAGCAAACCUUAUAUUGAUCAAAUUGCAGAUGUGGCAAAACCUCAUGUUGAAAAAGUACGAGUGGCGAUAAAGCCCUAUACAAAGGAAGUAGUUUAUGCCUAUGGGAAGUUUCUGAAAUCCGCAACUACCUACCACCAUCAGAUGCAAGUGACUGUGCAAGAGAUGCUGAAAAGGCAUGAACUGACAAGACCUCUUGCUACUAAAGAGUUGGAGUGGUUUGCGGCUUCUGCUUUGUUGGCCCUACCCAUCAUCAUACUCUUCAGAAUUGGUUCCACCAUUUUCUACAAAAAGGUGAAGAAACCUACUCGAAAUGCUCACACCAACCAUGCACGCCGUAAGGCUAAACGGGUCCAUCCAGACAAGUAGAGUACGACAUGUUCAUCCACUGGUUUUUAUAUUCAGGGCAGGGGACCAUUUAAGCAGGAUAGAAGAUUGGCUACCAUAAUAAUCUUUAUUAGAAAUGACGGACAAUAUAUAUGUAGAAAGCAGUUUGAAAACGAAAACCCACGGCUUUUGCAAUCAAGAGCCAGUGGAUUAAAUGCUGUCCAAAGAGCUUACUUGAAAGUGGAGAUAUAACGCAUAGAGUGAUCACCUCUGGCAUACACUACUUGUUUAGCUAUUUUAAUGAUGGAGGUGCACUCUUGGCAUGGGCUUUCUAGCUAUCUACUUGUCAGUGUGCUUUUGUUUUGUUUUGAAGAUCCUGCCCUUGUCAGUGACCUCUGAUGCUUUUGAAGAUCUCUCUCUCCAUUUGUUCGUUGGUUUGCUCGUUUUUGUUUUUUUUUUGUGAAGAAAAUUUAUAGAAACUUCAUCACACGAUAGUUUGACAGGUAGUUCAGGUAUGAUCAUGGGCAGUGUUGUUGAUGUUGAUAGAGGGGUAGUCUUUUUAUAUUUUUUGGCAAUUCUUUUGGGUUCACGAGAUAUAUUGUCUUCCUCUUCAAUAUGUUGUCCGUCAGAAUUAUAAGUUCUGUGCCUGAUUAACGACGACAAUUCUCCAUCUUAAUAUACUUAUUUAUGUACUCUUA